AUGGAGAGUGGCUCUGAUAGUGAAGAUGCACUACUUUCUUCAGAUAUUGAAUCUUGCGAAUCAUCAGAAUCUGAUAGCGAUUCAGAGUCAAGUUGUGGCAUCACAGAUGUUAGAGACUGGUGUCAAAUAAAUAUGCAAGAUAUUCCACCAGCUCCUCCAAGAUUUCCUUUCCAUGGAGAUCCGGGAAUCAAAGUAUCGUUAACGAAUGAAAAUCCUUUGGAAUAUUUUGAACUUUUUGCAGACGAAGAGUUUAUUGCAUGUAUAGUGAAUGAAACAAAUCGUUAUGCUGGGCAGUAUUUAGAUCGAAUUGGACUAACACCAUCGUCUAGAUGUCAAAAGUGGACCGACACAAAUGAAAGCGAAAUCAAAGUGUUUUUGGCCUUAUUACUGCUACAAGGCAUCUUACGAAAGCCUAAACAAAAGUGGUUUUGGACCACAAGGCCAAUAAUCAGCACGCCUUUCAUCUCCAAAAUUAUGUCAGAGAAAAGAGAUAUCAGUAUUGACGAAUCACUGUUGCCCUACAAAGGACGACUCAGCUGGAAGCAGUACAUACCCUCCAAAAGGGCAAGAUUUGGCAUAAAAAUGUUUCACCUUUGUGAAUCAGCAAGUGGUUAUAUUUGGCGUAGUAUCAUAUAUACUGGAAAAGACACCAGUUUCGAUAGUAAAUACAAUGAAUACGGACUCGCCACGAAGUCUGUAUUGUCACUGUUAGAUCCUCUUUUAGACAGAGGAUACUGUUUAACAGUGGACAAUUUUUACAAUUCUCCUGAACUAGCUGACAUUUUAAUACGGCACAAAACAGAUAUAUACGGAACUCUUCGACCAUCACAAAAAAAUGUACCAGCGGUUUUAAAAGCAACGAAAGUUAAGAAAGGAGACAUUAUAGCUUUCCAGUGA